UGUAAAACGGUGCAUACUUGUGUAGCGCUUUCUACAAAACCCUUUACCGCCACAAACCCAGUCACCCAUCCACAUGCUGCCAAACACCGGCGCCAGCCUUCCACCAGGGGCAGGGUGGGGUUUGGUGUGUUGCCCAAGGACACUUCAACACUUGGGCGGACAAGGCUGGAAUCGAACCUGGAAUAUUCUGAUCAGAGGUUGACCGCCCUACCGCCCCCCUACAGCUGCAUAAUUUUCUGUUCUCAGUGAGAUUUGUGACCAAACGUUCAUCAGAGGUUUGGCUGGAACCGUCUGGACUCACAAGGUUUCUGCUUCCUGUUCCUUUGAGAAUCAAAGCUCUGGUCGUUUUCUGAAGGAGCGACUCUGGAAAACAGUCUGGUGGCAAACGGCGAGCAGGGAAACUUAGUUUGGUGGUAAAGCUGUGGGAUUUUCCAGAACCAUGAGUCCAGGAGCCCACCAACGGUUUCUGCUGCUGCUGCUCCUGCAAGCUCACCUGAACUCAGCAAUUCCAGCUGAAACCCUUGGAAAGAAUUUCAUUGUGGUGUUCCCGGAGAAUAUCGCAGACUACCAUCCCACGUCUCCUGACAACCGUGUCUGGGUCACCGCCUUGCAUGACGACACAACAGUCAGAGUCGGGUCUUACUUCCAAAAAACAUUAAAUGCUGGAGAAACAGAAAGUUUUAAAGUAAACCUGGAACUUGAAAAGUUAAAAGUCCAAAGCAACAGCGGCAAUCCCUCUUUCCUGGUCUCCAACAAAACCGCUAAAAUUAGCAGCGACAAAGACAUCGUCGUUCAGGUGGUCAGCAGAAAGAACAACAGCAUACAGACGGCUGCCGUCAUCCCGACAGACCGCCUAGGCACCAAAUAUCUCAUCCCACCAGUGCCCAAAAUCCAAGGAGCCGCACUCAAUGAAAACAUCACAAGCAUCAACGAGAGAGGCCCAUUCAGGCUAAUCAUCGUCAACACUGACCAGGACAACACAGUGACUGUCGGGAGUCAGGCUGGAACCAGACAGGUAUUUCUUAGGGAGAACCAGGUAGCUCAAACUUGGGUCCUACAGAACGAGUCUCUACAGGACGUCACGGCUGAAAAGCCAGUGGCGGUCCUCUUCAGUCACCCAUGUGCCUUCCACAGCAACUGCAUCUGCAGCCUCCUUUAUGGUCUGCUUCCACCAGUCUCAGGUGAAACGGUGAGGUUCCUGAUUCCUCCGCUGCUGGACGACUGGACCCAAAACUCUGUGCUUCUGUCAGAGACGGGAUCCAGGAGGGAAGAGCCCUUGAACCCGCAAAAAGCUUUCAUAGAGACAUCAGGCACCGCCAUCCUGUACCAUCCAGGUUUGCUGCUUCCUCUGGUCUCAGAGGAGAAUCUUGGUAGCUGUUUUAUGGUCAACAGCAUCGGAGACAAGAACUAUGCUGUCAUCAUGGUCCGUAAAAAUGAGACGACGGGUGUUCAGAUUGGAGAUAAUGCUCUGAAGAAAAACCUCCAAGAGUGGCAGGAGCUGGGCGGUACAGACUACGUCUCCAUCAACAUCAGUCUGACAGAAAACCAAAACAUCAUCUGGCACAACUCAUCCACAAUGGCCGUCUACUUUAUAGGAAGAAAGGAUGAUGUUUUGUUUGGGAACCCGGCGCCUGCCCUCAGCACCACCCCAGACUCCAGAGGCUGCGUCGUGUCUCCAGAGAUCCUGAUCAUUUCCACCGACGCAGCCAGCUGGCAGGAAUCCAUCGCCUCCUGCCAGAGUCACAACCUGACACUGGCCUCUCUUUCUCGUGAGAACUUCCGGAGAUACAUCUGCAGCAAACUUCCCCAGGGAAGCGGCGUGAAGGAGGUGUGGAUCGGCCUGCGCCGCAGCUCCAUGACUGGCGAGUGGUACUGGCUGGACUCCAGUGCCUCGGUCAAUGAGACGCACUGGGACAAGGGGUCUCCCGGCACCGUGGACGACGGGCAGUGCGCCUCCAUGAGCCUGAAAAGCUCCAAGGACUUUGUUUGGCAGGACAAGGACUGCUGCAAUGCCAUCAACGCUCUUUGCUACAGAGGUCCGGUUCUGAUGCCGCUGAGUUAGAACUGCAGAAGUGUUGGACGCCAAACAUGCUGAGUCAUUGUGUUUGGUCUCUGAUUGACAGCAUCUGCAGUAAUCUUGUGUCUGUAUUUAUUGAUCUUUUCCAUAGUUCUAAAAAGGUUCUGCUGUUUAACUUUAGGGUGUGACACGUGUAAGUGAGGCGAUUCUGUAGGAGGUUCUGCUUCUCUGUUGGUUUUCUGUGAGAAUAAAGUUCUGGCUGCUUCUGA